GGUGAAUGUUGUCGUCUUUUGACCACUUCUAAGGUCCGAACAGUCGAUCACUGAUUGGGAACCGGAGGACUGGAAAGAUGUCUUUCCCGUGUUUUUGUCUUCAUCUCUUGCUCAUCUAUCUCUUUUGGUACUCUUAGGAAUGGCCACAACUCCUCUCUGUAUUUGCCAUCUGAUCAUCACUUGUGCCGAACUCUUCUCGUAUUUCUUUCCGAUGUCCACAAGAGUCGGAUUUCCAAUUAGACUGCCGCUGCCUAAUGUCUAUGAGUUGUCUUUGACUCAAUUGCGGGCGACUUUUGAUUUGAUUCAUCGCUGGAAAUACAUUCACUGUUUGGAUGAGACUUUGCAACUGUUGGACAUUGAAGUUGGAGACCCCUAUGGAUCGGACCAAACCCUGAGACAAUGCAUCUUCGAGUCCACUCCAGAUCUCGCGAUUAAUUUCGUCGGAUUG